UCCUUCUUCAGCUGGGUCCUGGCGUGACCUCUGCAGGCACAGGAGGCGUGAGCCGGGCAGUGGAAACCGGUGCUGGCUGGGGAGAGGAAUUCUGAUCAACCCGGAGUCUCCCUCCUCGGCUCGCGCGUGGAGGAUUUAUGACCUGGGGGUGGGCAGAGCACGCGGAGCGGCGGCGGCCGUUGGAGCAGCAUGGGUGUGAUAGGCGUGCAGCUGGUGGUUACCAUGGUGAUGGCUAGUAUUAUACAGAAGAUCAUACCUCACUACUCUCUUGCCCGGUGGCUUCUCUGUAGUGGCAGUUUGCGAUGGUAUCUGCACCCCUCAGAAGAUGAAUUACGCCUUCUUGUAGGGAAGCAACAGAAGGGAAAAAGCAAGAAAGAUAGGAAAUACAAUGGUCACAUUGAAAACAAACCAUUAACCAUUCCUAAAGACAUUGAUCUUCACCUGGAAACAAAAUCUAUUACUGAAAUAGAUGCAUUGGCCUUGCAUUAUUUUCCUGAAUAUCAAUGGCUGGUGGACUUCACAGUUGCAGCUACAGUGGUGUAUUUGGUAACUGAAGUCUACUACAGCUGGGUGAAGCCCACACAAGAAAUGAAUAUCAGCAUAGUGUGGUGUCUGCUUGUUUUGGCUUUUGCAAUCAAAAUAUUGUUCUCAUUAACUACGCACUACUUCAAAGUAGAAGAGGGUGGCGAAAGAUCAGUCUGCGUAACCUUUGGCUUCUUUUUCUUUGUCAAAGCCAUGGCAAUUCUUAUAGUAACAGAAAACUAUCUAGAAUUUGGACUCGAAUCAGGCUUCUCAAAUUUUUCAGAAAGUGCUGUGCAGUUUUUUGAAAAACAAGGCUUGGAAUCCCAGGGUCCUGUGUCUAAACUAACUUUCAAACUCUUCCUGGCUAUCCUUUGUUCGCUUAUUGGUGCUUUUUUGACAUUCCCUGGAUUGAGAUUGGCUCAGAUGCAUCUGGAUGCUCUGAGUUUAACCACUGAAAAAAUCACCCAAACACUGCUGCAUAUAAAUUUCCUGGCACCCUUGCUUAUGGUCUUAUUGUGGGUAAAGCCCAUUACCAAAGACUAUAUCAUGAAUCCACCAUUGGGGAAAGAGAGUGUGCCUUUAAUGUCAGAAGCCACAUUUGAUACUAUACGGUUGUGGAUUAUAAUUCUCCUAUGUGCUUUGAGGUUAGCCAUGAUGCGCAGUCAUCUCCAAGCCUACCUGAAUUUAGCACAGAAAUGUGUGGAUCAGAUGAAAAAGGAAGUUGGCAGAAUAAGUACUGUUGAAUUGCAAAAAAUGGUGGCCAGAGUGUUUUAUUACCUUUGUAUAAUUGCGCUUCAGUAUGUGGCACCUCUGGUUAUGCUGCUUCACAUGACUCUGCUGUUGAAAACUUUAGGUAAUUAUUCCUGGGGCAUUUAUCCAGAAUCAACUUCAGAUUUAACAGUGGAAAACAGCCCACUGAGCAGUUCAGUAAACUCUGAAUCUUCAUCUGAUGAUGGAAAGAUGAAGGUAACUGCAAUACAGUUAACAAUGGCUCUGGCGAGCCUGAAGAACAUUUUCACUCCACUCUUAUUCAGAGGACUCCUGUCCUUUCUUACCUGGUGGAUUGCUGCUUGUCUCUUUUCCACAAGCCUUUUUGGGCUGUUCUAUCAUCAAUACCUGACAGUGGCAUGACCUCACGAGGCAAAUAUUCAAAGCAAGGAAGUCCAUGUUACCCAAGAAGGCAGAAGAAAAUGGGAAGACAAAACACAAUUCAGAGAAAAACAUACCAGUUUUUCCUGUGUUCUCAGGCACUGUUGUUGGGUAACGUUGGAAAUCACAGACUUUGUUACCUACAGUUGUCAGUGACUGCUGAAUUGUUGAAAUAUGUCCAAGUACCAUUUUCAUGUGCUCCAUGCUGCCCUGAAAACAUUGUAUAUUCAGUCAUUGAUUGGCUGAUCUCAAUGGUGUUAAGGUACUAGGCUAAUAUUAAUGGUGACUGCUUAGAAAGUGAACUUUCAAUUGAGCCAUAUAAGGGAGUGAGAGAAGUUAUCAUGUCAGGAAAACAUGGAUGAUUUUUCUACUGAAAAGAAAACGAAUCCAGCAGGACAAUAGAAAAUGCUGUAUAUUACAGUAAAGGAAGCUGUCUGCAUAGAGUUUAUUGUAAAUAAAAUGCAUGGACUCAGCAAGCAUUCAUGCCGAAGGACUUGUAUACAUGUUACAGUAAGGGUAUUUAUUGCACUAUUGUGUCACUUGGUCAUUUAAUGCAUGAAUAUUCAGGAGUGUGGAGUUACCAGACUUUAAGAGCAUUUCUCUCUUUGAGCACUCACAUACUUGAAACUAAUCUUUUAGUGGUUAUAAUUGAAAAGUAGUAAGUCCAAAAUUGUGUGAAGGCUUACUUACCUGUACCUCGCUCCUGCACAUUCAUGUACUGAACUAUACUAAGUGGUGUAAUAUGCAGUGGCAUCCUCUUAAUGAGGCAUUGUACCCCAUAAUGUAAUGUGUCAGGAAGUCCUAAAUGAUUUUCAUAUUGUAAGAGUAAUAUUAUAAAUAUAUUGUUUCAGUCUUAACAGUCCUUUUAAAAAUAAUAAAUGACCAUAUGAAUCUUUGGAUGUUUAGUAUUGGUGCUAAUAUUUAUCCAACAAAUCCAUUUGGGAUUUACUGUCCCCGUAUUAGACAAAUUCCAUUGCCUUCACAACAAUGGUCAGAGUUGCGUGUUGGCACCAAGCUUUGAGUGAACAAUUAAGAUCAUAAGGGCUCCCCUGUGUGAAGAUUCUUCGGUUUAAUUCCCUGCUAGGCAUUGAGAAAGAGGCUUCCCUUUCUCAGCACCCAACAUGGAAAUGCAGGUGAUCUUGUCUUUCACUAGCAGUUUGAGCUGGCGAGGCUGGGGGCCAAAUGAGAAACUUCCAUGAGCUGCAUUCAGCCUGCAGGCCUCUGGUUCCCAAACCUUGCUAUAAAGCAGAGGCUGGGAACCUGUGGCCUCCCAGAUGUUAGACUCUAACUUCCAUCAACACUAUCUAGCUUGGCCACAAUCUUCUGAUAGGUUUUGUGGUAGCAAUGCCUGUUGCUGCCAAACUAUCAUACAAGUGCAAUGAGCUACAUCUGAUGUUAUGUAAGAAGGCUUCCACUUCUUAUACAGUGGGACCUUCCCUUUCCCUUGCUGCCCAUUUGGCCCCCAAAGCUAUUGCAGAGGGUCCCCAAACCCUCCAGAGCAGAUUUGGGGGUUCAGGGGCAGAGGGGGAAUCCAUUCUGCCAGCUGUGUCUGUUCUGCUGGCAGAUGAACACCAUUGGAUGCACCCCAAUAUGCAGAGUUGGUUAAUGACAACACCACAGGUCACUAUGUCGCACUUGUGCAAUGAUUAGUGUCCUAUCCUAUGUGUUUGCUAUCACAGUACCUGUUGAACUAUGUUAAUCUAUGUUGACCCUGGUGAAAAAUUACCAGAAGAAACUUGGCAUUUGCUUGUCUUUAUAUUUCAUAUACUUUUUCACAAUGUUAAAUUGAAAAAAAUUGAAUCACUGGAUAUUUUUAAAUUUAUUCUUUCUAAUAUUUUGCCUGUAUUUGCUUCAAGAAUCUGGAUACUUCACAUGGGCAGUCGAGACAGAUUUCUCAGUGUAGCAUAAAAAUCCCAAUUCAUAACAGUCUCAGCAAUUGUCUCUAGUAGAGUAACUGUGGAAAUGGAAUUAUCUACAUUGUUUGCAGUAUAAAUUCAACCUGAGAAAAAAUAUCUGAGAUUAGGCAAUAUUUCUCAAAUGGCUGCAUCUUUUGGCACUUAGCCUGUCAGACCUUAAAGACCUUUUUUUUAGGAUACCAGUUUUGAUUUUGCACCUGUUUAUAGUGCACAUUCUGUUUAUUCUGUCUAUUCUGUUUAUAGGUGCAGAGACAGCACCUAUAAACAGAAGAAUUAGCUUGUGGAUCAUGCCAGAAGCCCAUCUAGACCAGCCAUUUUGUCUUCAGCAAUAGCCGUCCGUAUGCUCAUAGGAAGCUCACAAAGCAAGCCAUGGCUUAGGUCAUAAGAUCCCAGUUAGCGUCCUCAUAAUAUGGAAGUUCCACUUCUCUGCUUUGGCUUCUACGCCUUUUCCUCUUCCACUUCAUCUAGUCUGUUGUCGCUUGGCCUUGAACAGUCAGGGACUCACAACUCCACUCCUCGUAAGAGUCAUGUUUUAGUUAAAGCCAAAGAUACGUUAAAUUGUCACCCUCACUGCUAGUGUUCAUGAAUCUUACAGAAAGACUGUCAUUAGGACUUUAACUCCCAUCACCCCUAGCUAGCAUGGCCAGUGGUCAGGAAUGUUGGGAGUUAUAGGGCACCAAGUUGUGGAAGAUUGUGUUAGGGCUACAAAUAUUUCAAAGGCAAUUAUGCUGGAGUAGACAAUAGAUGCAUUGUGUCUGCUGUAGUUGUUCAAAUCAUUUGUCCAACUGGUGGAUCAGGAUCAAUAACUGGGUAAAACCUUGAUCUACAGUGAAUCAUACCAUUGGCACUUUUCGUACUUUGAGAAAAAUUCUAUAUUAUUUUAAAAGAAGGAGAGUAAAGAAAGUUAUCUAUACAAUCAAAAAUUAGAAUUGUAAGGAUAGGAAGGCCCCGCAUCUUAAAAGGUAAAGACUAGUAGGUUAAUAUAGAGCAAUUGAGAAUUAGAAAAAUAUAAAACAAUAUCAAAUGGAAAUUCAUCCCUGGCUGGUGAACACUGGUAAAAAUAGUGUAAACAUUUCGUGACUCGGUCCUUGCAAAUAUUAUACCUCUCCUGCAAGUCUUGCUUGCAAAUAGAACACAAUUGCAGAUUUGACCAGAUACAGAUCCAUAAAGCCUCUAUGUGAAGUACACAAAAUGUGUUUCAUUCAUAGACUUGAAACUUUCGUAUAAAGUGCCCAGUUAGGUAAUAUGUUGUCAGGAAUGGUGCUUGGGUCAAACACUACUGGACAGAUUUGCUUCCCUUUUGUUUUUUCAAUGAGAUGUACAUUUGCACUUAAAAAUGACUGCCAACUUUGCAUAAGUCACAUCUGUUUAACACUACAAAGACUGUUAGUAUACUCAGAAGUAGCUAUGACAUUCAGGUUUUUGUUUGUUUUUUAAAAUCAAGAUUGAGACAUUCUGCUGUUUUAAAGUCUGGUUUUCAACCCCAGAGAUUUGCAUCAGCUUAAAACCAAAAAUUAAUUGCAGUUAAAUUAGUUGAAAGUAGGGUUAAACGAGAUGGGUUCAUGGAAUUGUGAAGGAGGCAAUUUUUAAAAUAAUACCUUGGGUCCUGAGACAUACAAGGGGAGCUCCACUCACUCAGUGGGGCUUUCCUGCCCUUCGUGAAAAGAUGUUCCUGAAGACUGGGACCCUUGAAAGUUGUCAUGGUAUGAGGGGAGGGAAGAAGGGGGAAAUCAGUGGAAAUGGGGUGUUGCCACCUUGCAUGAGCAGAAGUGCCUUUUGCUUGCACAAGCGCACCUUGAGAAUCCAAGGCAUUAUUUUGAACUUGGCUUCAAUAUACGGGUGCCUUGUGGCACUUCUUCGCAGCAGUAACUGUUCUUCUUUAAAAUAGCACUGACGAAACUAAUAAAAACAUUCAUAUUACAA